CGUAUAAUCUAGUGGACGGAACGCAAUGCUGUUAGUGUGACGUAUAAUCUAGUGGACGGAACGCUUCUUUCAGCAGCAGCAACAGUUAGUCCGCCACCUCGGUAGCUUGCUAGCCAAAAUAGCCGAACCCAUAAAGCUCUUUAGACGCUUUAGUGUAUAUUAGCCACUGUAUUUUAAACCCUCUUCUGUCGUCUAGUUAGUAAGUUAUCCUAUUCCAUUUCAUAUUUACGGUGUUGUAGUUAUUAUUCAGCUGGCGGGCUGGUUAAGUUAGCAUUAGCCUAGCUAGCUAACAUCUCAGACCAUGAGUUCACUAAAUGACUCUCUUCCUGCUGAAGAAGAGACGGUCUGUUGGACGGAGAAAGAAGCUCUCAUCAAAGAAGAGGAGGAAGAGAAGGAUGUUACAAUACAAAAACAAGUAGAGGGUGAGGCUGUUACCCUGAAAGAAGAAGAGAAAGACGUUUCAGUGAAAGAAGAGGAAGACGUUACAGUGAAAGAAGAGGCGUUCAGAGUGAAAGAGGAGGGUGUUACAGUAAAAGAUGAGGAGGAUUCCGUUUUUGAAGUGAAAGCGGAGGAGGGGGAGAAUACGGUCUCAUCGGAAGAAGAGGAGGAAGAAACUGGAUAUCUGGGCCCGAUUUCCCAAACGCAAUUUAAGGCAUCCAGUGGUUCUAAAGAUGAACUUAGCCAUAAGAUGGUUUUGAGAAACCGGGCCGUGAUUACCACUGGAGAGAGACGGGACUAUCGUGGAUCCUCUGGGGAGUCUCAUCUACAUCAUGACGCUGACGAGGCAGAGAAGAGUCUCUCCCCAUUAGAACACCUCAAGAAACACCCGCAGAGAUCCACAGGGAAGAAAUCUCACCGCUGCUCUGACUGUGGGAAGAGAUUCACCUCAACAGGCAUUAAAAUUCAUCAGAGAAGACACACAGGAGAGAAGCCUUAUAGCUGUGGUCAAUGUGGGAAGAGAUUCACCUCACCAGUAAAACUUAAAAUACAUCAAAGAUAUCACACAAGAGAGAAACCAUAUGGCUGUGAUCAAUGUGGGAAGUGUUUUGGUCGAUCUGGCCAUCUGACUAUACACCAGAGAACACACACAGGAGAGAAACCAUAUAGCUGUAAUCAAUGUAGGAAGAGUUUUUCUAGAUCUGGCUCUCUAACAAUACACCAGAGAAUACACACAGGAGAGAAACCAUAUAGCUGUGAUCAAUGUGGGAAGAGUUUUACUUCUUCUAGCUAUCUGACAGUACACCAGAGAACACACACAGGAGAUAAUCUGUGCUGUGAUCAAUGUGGGAAGAGUUUUUCUUCUUCUAGCUAUCUAACUAUACACCAGAGAACACACACAGGAGAGAAACCUUAUAGCUGUGAUCAAUGUGGGAAGAGUUUUACUACAUCUGGCUCUCUGACUUUACACAUAAGAACACACACAGGAGAGAAACCUUAUAGCUGUGAUCAAUGUGGGAAGAGUUUUACUACAUCUGGCUCUCUGACUUUACACAUAAGAACACACACAGGAGAGAAACCUUAUAGCUGUGAUCAAUGUGGGAAGAGUUUUACUACAUCUGGCUCUCUGACUUUACACAUAAGAACACACACAGGAGAGAAACCUUAUAGCUGUGAUCAAUGUGGGAAGAGUUUUUGUCAAUCUGGCUAUCUAAUAGUGCACCAGAGAACACACACAGGAGAGAAACCUUAUAGCUGUGAUCAAUGUGGGAAGAGUUUUUGUCAAUCUAGCUAUCUGACAGUGCACCAGAGAACACACACAGGAGAGCCAAUGUAUAGCUGUGACCAGAGAUAAUCUGAUAAAAGAUCUCUGACUAAUCAUCAGAAAAUACAUGAAGGAGUUUUCAUGAUAUCAAUGAAAUGAUGUCACAAUGUAGAAUGUUUUAACAUUGUAGUAGGAGUAUUUUAAUGAUGUCACAAUGUAGAAUGUUUUAACAUUGUAGUAGGAGUAUUUUAAUGAUGUCACAAUGUAGAAUGUUUUAACAUUGUAGUAGGAGUAUUUUAAUGAUGUCACAAUGUAGAACCCUAAACGUUUGUCCCCUGUUCUAUUGAUUUCAACAUGAUAUGGAUAUUAGCCUCAGGGGGAAAAUCCAGGCUCUGAAUUGGAAGAGUACUAUUUAUGAGAUUUAGUAAGUACACAUUAUUCCCAGAUUCCGUGUGGUUUUUGAGCUGCUAGUUUUAACAGGAAGUGCAACCUCAUCUCCCUCCUGUCGCACAAAUGAUUUUAGCAUGAUAUCGAUGAGUUAUGACAAAUAAGUGUUGCGUUCCUUUGUUUAGCGACCCCUACAUUUAAAUGCAUUCCAUCAUCACGUACAACCUGAUUUCCCCCCUAAUUGAUAUCAGUGAUUUAUUGCUACUUGUCAAAACAACUUUUCUGGAAAUAUGAUUAUUGUGGCAGAUGUUUGUGUAAAUAGCACAUGUUAUGUUUAGGUUUUCAAUUUAUCCCAAACUGUUUCUGCAUAUUGGUUAUUGAUUUGGACACGUUAAUACUGUGUUUUGACAUUGAGGCUAUCCCACCUAGCACAAUGUAAUUGAAAAGUCGUUGAAAAUAAGACUAUGCAAUCAAAAAAAAAAAUUUAUAUUUUUUUAUUAUACCAUGCCUUACCAUUAAGUUAAUUAUUGACAAUACAUAUUAACAAAGGGGUGUCCAUUUGGUUUUGAUCAUGUGAGGUGGAAAGUUGCUACGGAUAUUGCAGGAUUUUCCUCUUGAAAUCAGACAUGUCCGUGUUAAGGACAACUUGGUUGCUGAUUGUUUCAAGGGUGGCAGUCAAAGUUUUGCGUUUAGCCAUUGCGUUGCCAUGGAUCACAAUUUAUUUUGACUGCACGGUUUUCCGUAUUGGAGAUGAGUUUUGUUUGGGCUCGUUCCAAGGGGACGAGAGUUCUAGAAGCUAGUGAGUUUUAGGAAGACGAGAGUUCUAGAAGCUGGUGAGUUUUAGGAAGACGAGAGUUCUAGAAGCUAGUGAGUUUUAGGAAGACGAGAGUUCUAGAAGCUAGUGAGUUUUAGGAAGACGAGAGUUCUAGAAGCUAGUGAGUUUUAGGAAGACGAGAGUUCUAGAAGCUAGUGAGUUUUAGGAAGACGAGAGUUCUAGAAGCUGGUGAGUUUUAGGAAGACGAGAGUUCUAGAAGCUAGUGAGUUUUAGGAAGACGAGAGUUCUAGAAGCUAGUGAGUUUUAGGAAGAUGAGAGUUCUAGAAGCUAGUGAAUUUUAGGAAGACGAGAGUUCUAGAAGCUAGUGAGUUUUAGGAAGACGAGAGUUCUAGAAGCUGGUGAGUUUUAGGAAGACGAGAGUUCUAGAAGCUAGUGAGUUUUAGGAAGACGAGAGUUCUAGAAGCUAGUGAGUUUUAGGAAGACGAGAGUUCUAGAAGCUAUUGAGUUCUAGGAUUCUAUAGAAAGAAAACUGAGAAAAGAUACUGAAAGAGGAUUCUAUUGAAAGAAAAAGGUUUAAAAAAAUAAUAAGAUUGUAUAUUAUUAUUUAGAAAUGUGUUUUUUCUUGUUUUUAAUUGUUGACAGCCAGUAGACACCAUGUUUAUAUUGGUGAAGCAUUGUAGUUGAUUAUAAUGUGAAAUGGAAGUUGUUUUCUGUUGGUGGUGAGCAAACUUGUCCAACAAAAAUGAUAGUAUUUAUUUGUUGUCUUAAGGGGAAAGGUGUUACAGGCUUUAGUUUUUCUAUUUUUAUGUUUUGAGGUUGGACUUUAGCACUAUAGCUCGUUAGCACGUAGGAGGCACUGAUUGGUGUCACCUCGUUAGUCAGUAUGUGUAACACCAGUUCUUUUGUUUACCUCUUCUUGGGCAGAUUUAGUGGGUCUCAUGGUGGGUGACUUUUAUGUCCCAGUUGUUGUUACUAGUCAACUUUCAGUGGACACUGAGAGCAAAACUGCAACAUUAUGUUAUAAUACUUUUAUUGCAUCAAAUGGUUGUUUUAUGCAACAGAAUAGAGGGUUCUUAGAACUAUAGUGUCUGUGUGUUCUACUGAGGACUUGCCUCUGGGAGAAAACACUGACAGGACAUUUACAAUGUCUUUUGGGUGAUAAAAACCUAAAGAGACCACAUUCCAGGGCAUGAGUUACUGUUUCUGUUCUAUAUGGUACCAGGGAGCGAUGAACCCCUCCUAAAAAAAAAUACCUUGAAUUUUGCAUUGCAUCCAAUUAAUAUUUUAAUCAAUGGCAUUUCCUUAGGCUGCUCAUUAGUCUUUCAGUUGUUAGUCUUGUUUGUUGUGUACUAAAUAUUUCAUUUUUUUAUUUGUUUUUUCUUGUGAAGCCAUUGUGUUGCAUCCAUGUCUGAAAUGUACUGUAUAAAUAAAGCUUGAUUUGAUUUCAACAAAUGAACCCAAUG